AACAACUCAGCAGAACUCAGUCAGUUUUAACAAUUAACACGAUUUCGUUUUAAUAACCAGCAUUUUAUAAAUCAAAUACUUUCGCACAGCUUGAUUACAUAUCGUAACAACCACCAUAAAAUUGUAUAAGAUCCGUUCUCAUUUUUUUAAAUAAAAUUAAAAGUUAACAUAGUUUAUUUUUUAUUUUUAGAUAAAAAUGGCUCAAUAUUAUCCAUUCAAGUGCACUGCCACCGUAUUCCCGGCUGAUCCUUUUGAUCCAGUCGCCGAUGCAACGACCUUACGUAAAGCUAUGAAAGGUUUUGGUUGUGAUGAGAAAGCUAUCAUUGAUGUAAUUGCAAAUCGUGGUAUUGUACAACGUUUAGAAAUCGCUGAAGCAUAUAAAACAUCAUUUGGUAAAGAUUUAAUACACGAUUUGAAAAGUGAACUUGGUGGAAAAUUUGAAGAUGUUAUUAUUGCAUUAAUGACACCGUUACCGGAAUUCUAUGCAAAAGAAUUACAUGAUGCUGUCGCAGGUCUAGGUACCGAUGAAGAAGCUAUUGUUGAAAUAUUAUGUACAUUGUCGAAUUAUGGUAUCAAGACAAUAUCACAGUUUUAUGAACAAAAAUAUGGUAAAAGCUUAGAAAAAGAUUUAAAAGACGAUACAUCCGGACAUUUUAAACGUUUCUGUGUAUCUUUAUGCCAAGCAAAUCGUGAUGAAAAUCAAGAAGUUGAUACCGCACAAGCUGCAGCCGAUGCAGAAGCGUUAGUAGCUGCCGGUGUUGAACAAUGGGGAACUGAUGAAUCAACUUUCAAUGCAAUUUUAAUAACACGUAGCUAUCAACAAUUACGGCAAACAUUCAUCGAAUACGAACGUUUAGCUGGACAUGAUAUUGAAGAAGCAUUAAAACGUGAAUUCAGUGGAAAUAUAUUAAAAGGUUUUCUAGCGAUUGUACGAUGUGUAAAAAGUAAAGUGGGAUUCUUUGCUGAACGUUUACACGCUUCAAUGAAGGGUUUGGGUACAAAUGACAAGACAUUGAUACGAAUUGUUGUCUCACGUUCGGAAAUUGAUUUGGGUGAUAUUAAACAAGCAUUUGAAGAGAAAUAUGGAAAAUCAUUGGAAAGUUGGAUUUCUGGUGACACUUCCGGCGAUUACAAAAAAGUUCUAUUAGCUAUCGUUAAUGUUUAAAAGUAUAUUUAAUUUAUGCAGUUGUUGCCAGAGAGAAAUAGGAAAGAAAGUUUAUAGCGAAGAUAACUAUGCGCUUCUCCAAAUAAUUCAAUAUUUUGGGUAUCUACUUUUGGGAACAUUCAAAUUAUGUAAAUGUUUGGAAGCUUUUAUUACAACAAAGAAUGAAUGUUUUUUUGAUGUUAGUACUACUCUCUGUAUUCCUCUUUGGUCUCAACUAUUUUCGAAAUACUUAAAAGAUACAUUUUUUUUACAUUAUCUGCUGAAUUUUUCUACACACUAGCACACCAUUGCUAAGUGUUAAAUCACAAAAUCACCUCAAAACGCGAUAUAAUCGUUGCAUUUUUUUAAUCGUUAAUUAACCGUCCUCUCAGUUUAAGACUCGAAUAACUGUAUCACUCGCAAACGUUAAUUAACGAUGUAAGUCGUUUUUAAAAGUCAAUUUACAAUUAUAUAAUAAUAAAAUUAGUUUUAUGGAAAAAAAACAGAAUGCUUUCUAUGUAUUGUUAAAAUAGUUUGAAAAGAAAGAAAGAGUUCUCUACCUUAGCAAGCUAAAGGGUGUUCUAAUAAGAACGCCGGUUUUGGGUUUUAAAUAAAAC